AUAACAAUAAACAACCCCGAAACAAGGGAUACGCGAAGAGGACUUAUCGCUGCGAUUCGACACAAAGCUGGCGAAAAUAUGAGUUGAGACGGAUACCGUCAGCUGGAGUAAAGUCUCGAAAAGUAUCGUGGGAGCUUCUUGGGUCCUGACACAAAGGAUUUUGUAGUUUUUGUGUCCACCUUAGGGAGAACUAGAGUUACGGUAUACCCCUUCCUUAGCCCCUUGUAGCUAGCUGUGGCUCAUUCCUUGUUUUUGCACACUUUGUUUUAGUCUGUUAUGCAGUUUCCAGAGGACUGUACUCGCACUCGUUCUCCUCCACCACCUCUUCGCUCCCUCUCCCCGCUCUCUCUGGCCCUAUGUCUCGCUGGUUUUUCCCCUGGUCGGGCUCAAUCAAGAAGCGGGCCUGUCGGUACCUUUUACAGCACUACCUCGGUCACUUUUUGCAGGAGCGAUUGAGCCUCGAUCAGCUGGGCUUGGACUUGUACAACGGCAGCGGUGUCAUCAAGGAUAUCAACCUCGAUGUUUGGGCGGUCAAUGAGCUUUUGGAAGCAAAGCAGAGCUCAUGUAAGAGAUCGGUGCUAACGAAUCGUUGCAUAUCUGUUUUGUCUGUUUUUUCAGUCCUUCGUCGCAUUAAAGUCACCUUUCUAGACACUAUCGUCCGCAUCGAGCACCAGCCCUUGGACCUGGAAACAGGCGUCGCCUUAGAAGUGCACAUUAAAAGGCUGGAGUAUUUCGACGAGGCAGUGCGAGAUCCAGCCAGCCAGACUGCCGUGCCUGUCGACAUCCACCAGCCACCCGCCUUCCUGCACAAGAUCCUCCAGCUGAGCGCUGUUCAGCUGUUCUAUGAUAGCAAUGGCAUAGUACAGGGUCCUCCUGAGGAGGAACACACAGAUUCAGCCAUGGCUAGUGAGGGAGAGGAAGGUGAAGGCGACGAUGAUAAGAAGGAGGAGGAAGGGGAGAAGGCCAAGCCACAAGUUGCCCCUCUAUCCCAGCCGCUCCUCAUAGGAAGCUGCUCCGGUUUCAUUGAGACCACCGUCAAGAUCAAACAGAACGACAUGCUGCCCGGACCAAAGCUGGAGUUGGAUGGGAAAGUGGGCUGUGUCCACAUGCUGCUGUCUCCUGAUCAAAUAACCCAUCUGACAGACCUGCUGGCAGCCCUCUGUAUAGACACUGGACGAUCACACAGCGGCCAGGCAGAGCAGCUGAAGCCUGACGCGUUGCUGCGACUGACCCUUGGCGGACUCACUUUAACCCUUCUGCAGGAAGAUCCACAACCCUCCAGUGCUGACGGAGCCUCGUCAUUGGCUCAGGUGUCUAACGUGUUUUUCAAGGAGCUGACCGCCUUCAAGGACAGCAUGUUCAGUGAAAGAGACUUCCAUCAACUGAGAGGCGGAUUCGCCAAAGCCUGCCCACACUCAAAUCUCAGAUUAACAGGAGCAGCGGUGCAGGUCGCCUGUGAGAUGCGGAGUGGGAGACGCCAAAACAGGGCUGUGACCUCUGACCUUUCCUUCAGCAGACUGGAGCUGUUAGAGUGCCUCUGGGAGGACGGAAAGCCGGAGUACUGUGAGCUGCUUCAGUUCCAGAAAGCUGGUCUGUUCACAGUUGGAGCUGCAGCCAGACCGUGUGCCCAGUUACACUACAGCCUCACUGAAAAACGCCUGCGUAAGGUCCAGACCAUACAGAGAGACCUGCUGUUAAAAAAUCCCUCAUGCUCUAUGGUUGAAAUGCUUCCUAAAAUCCAUGUUCACAUGUUUUUCCUCCUACUGUCCUCUAAGCCUCACAGCACCGAGCUCAGCUCCUCCUUCACCCUCCUGUCGCCUCACGCCGUCCUCAGACUUCGUUUCCCCAUACCUGAUCUGCGGCCCCUCCCAAAGCGUCGGCCUCCAACCCAGAGGGCGGUGCGGCAGGAAACCUUGGUGUUGGAGAUGACAGAGUUUGAGCUGAAGCACCAGGAGGCCCCAGACCUGCAAAGUGAGCAGACUACACCGGGACAGCCGUGGGCCCCCUGCCUCACCCAGCUGCUGGAGGCCUCCUUCACCGACCUGCACGGGUCAUAUGAGGGCUGGGAGGGAGGCUCUUUCCCUUGUAUCAGAGUGAGGAAGAACCGGGACACUCUGCCCAGGAUAUCAGUGCGUGUGCGUGGAGGUGAGGCUCAGGGCCCAGCAGCUGGUCUGAGUGGCAUGAACGCGGGCCUCAUCAGGGACCUUGGUGCCGCCUUCUUUGAUAGUCACUGUGAAUUCAACGACAAAACGAGCUCUCCUUUUUCCUCCAACCGCACCAUGUUUGAGACCGAGGAGAUGGUGAUUCCAGCCGACCCGGAGGAGAUGCGUCAGUUUCAGGAGCAGUGUGUCGCUCAGUGUCAGUGUGCUGUGGACAUCAGCAUGCCACUAGCUUAUAUCCUGCUCCCCAGCAAACAGGCCUUCCAGAGCAUCUAUAACAGGUAUGAGGACCAGAGUCACGGAGAGCUCGUGCUUGAUCUGGAAGGGGGGAAGAUAUUCAGUGUAGCGCAGCACCAAAAUGACCCCAAUCUCAGUUUCCUGUGUCUGGAGAGCAGACGAGUGGAGCUCUACCAUCGAGCUGUCUUGAAGGACACCCCCAUCCCGCAGCGGUUGGAAAUGCCCAGCUUCAUGCCCCCAAAGCACCUGGACCUCACCAUCUACCCCACAGAGGUGGGAGUGAGCAGUGUGAGCGGCAGGGAGGGAGAGGUGCAGAUGUUAUCCACAGCCAUCAAAAUCACACUGGACCCUCAGAGAAAUGUCAAGGAGUUCCUCGUUGCCCUUCGCCUUCAAGGUGCCACCAUGCGACAUUACAUGACGCAGACCAACCACAGUUGGCACGAGCAGGUAAGAAGCUCCCUGCCAUGGACUGGUGACCUGACCAGGGUCUACCUGCAUCUCACCCCUUUGACAGCAGGACAGGCUCCAGCACUGCUACCCCUGUAUCUGCCCCUGCGAGUGUUAUUCACAGCGGAGUCCUUCUCUCUGUCCAGCAAUAUCAUUGUUGACACUGCCACCUUCCACCUCAGAUUCAUCCUGGAUGAUUCUGCUCUCUACCUCUCUGACAAAUGUGAGACUGAAACAGUGGACUUGAGGAGAGACUACGUGUGUGUCUUGGACAUUGACCUGCUGGAGCUCGCCAUCACCACAUGGAAAGGCAGUGAUACAGGAAAGCUGUCCCAGCCGCUCUUUGAGCUCCGUUGUUCCAACAAUGUGGUCCAUCUGCACACCUGUGCAGAUUCCUGUGCUGCUCUCGUCAAUCUGCUGCAGUACCUGGUCUCUCAGGGCGACCUGCACCCGCCGCCACGGCACACCUCGCCCACUGAAAUCGCUGGACAGAAAUUACCACUGUCAGAAAGUCCAGCGUCUAUGCUGCCCUGUCCUCCCGCUGAAACCGCCGAGAUCAACCAGUACGACCUGGCUGACGCCUUAAUCGACAUGGAGAAGAGCCACAGAGAAGAAAGUUUAGAACCAGGUUCACCUUCAAUGCCGAGAAGCUCCCCCGUCUCCGUCUACCUGUUCCCCGAUGAAGCCUCAAAGCACGGCCCCUCUGUCCUUCAGGGGGAGCUUGACGGGCUGGUUGCCACAGCGACAGAGGCGCAGGCAGAUAUGAUGUCAGAGGAAGGCUCCGAGGGCUCCACCGACAAUGACGACUUCUGUAUCCUGGAGGCUCCCGGCAUGGGCAUCCCUCCCCGGGAUGGGGAGCCCACGGUAACAGUGCUUUGCGAGGGGCCCAUUAGAGUGAAGGACAGCCAUUUUUCCCGGCCACGUGGCAGCUCAGACCUGCUCCGAGCCCCGAGUCGCUUCCCAGUGCCUCAGAGUAGGGUAGUUUUACGGGAGAUCUCUGUGGUCUGGCAUCUUUACGGGGGAAAGGACUUUGGAGGCAGGCCUAUGUCUCUGCAUGCUCAGAACAUCAACAGAGGUCGUUCAGCGCCCGUCCGUGGGUCACCUUCUCGCUCCGCCCCCUCCUCUCGACCGCAGAACUCUUGGCGCUCAGCUGGAGGCAUCGGCCGUCAGCACAGCCUGCUGAUGGAGAUACAGCUCACCAAGGUGUCGUUCCAGCAUGAGUCCUACCCGGUAGUGGGGCAGGAUGGGGAGGGGUCAGCAGCACCUGUGGUCGGGGUCGGUCCCGGUGGUGAGCAGCCGCUCUCCAGGCAGGUGUUCAUCGUCCAGGAGCUGGAAGUUCGAGACCGACUGGCCUCCUCACAAAUCAACAAAUUCCUCUACCUCUACACUAGUGAGAGCAUGCCCCGCCGAGCCCACUCCAACAUGUUGACUGUGAAGGCCCUGCAGGUGUGUCCUGAGUCUGGCCUCGGGGGGCCAGAGUGCUGUCUCCGGGUCAGCCUGCUGCCGCUGAGACUCAACAUCGACCAGGACGCACUGUUUUUCCUGAAAGACUUUUUUAGUAAUCUAGCUUCCUCUGUUAAUCCUUACCUGCCUGUGGAUCCUGCAGCUGAAGUGAAGGCAGAUUUCUCCCAGAAGGGGUCUGAGGAUCUAGAGAUGGCUGCUGCUGCUGGUAGUCUUGGACCCGACCUCACAGCUUCUGUGGAAACUACCUACAGUGAGCAGAGUUCCUCUUCUGCCGGCUCCAGCGCCUCCUCUGACCAGCCAAUCUACUUCCGGGAGUUUCGUUUCACAUCUGAAGUGCCUAUUUGGCUCGACUAUCAUGGCAAGCACGUCGUCAUUGAACAAGGGACGUUUGCAGGGAUUCUGAUCGGUCUGGCCCAAUUAAACUGCUCCGAGCUGAAACUGAAGAGGCUCUGCUGCAGACACGGUCUCCUCGGGGUCGACAAAGUGAUUCAGUACGCCGUCACAGAGUGGCUGACGGACAUCAGGAAGAAUCAGCUGCCCGGCAUCCUGGGAGGUGUCGGACCCAUGCACUCAGUCGUCCAGCUGUUCCACGGAGUGAGGGAUUUGUUCUGGCUGCCUAUAGAGCAGUACAGGAAGGAUGGACGCAUCAUUCGAGGUCUCCAGAGGGGGGCAGCGUCCUUUGGUACCUCCACAGCAUCUGCUGCUCUGGAGCUUAGCAACAGGCUGGUGCAGGCUAUCCAGGCUACAGCAGAGACCGUGUACGACAUCUUGUCUCCAACGCCUCCUCUGAAUCGCUACGCCAUCACUGAGGGCCGGGCCACCUCUAGUCGACCUCGAAGAGUCGCCCAGCCUGCAGACCUUAGGGAAGGAGUGGCCAAGGCCUACGACACCGUCAGAGAGGGAGUGAUUGACACGGCCCAACAGUUGUGCGAUGUAGCAUCCCGCGGCCACGAACAGAAAGGUCUCCCCGGAGCCGUGGGCGGCGUCCUGCGGCAGAUCCCACCCACUGUAGUCCGACCUUUAAUAGUGGCCUCUGAAGCCACCUCCAAUCUGCUGGGUGGCAUGAGAAACCAGAUCAAACCGGACGCCCGGAAAGAAGAUUUCCUCAAGUGGCGCACGGAGGACGGCCAAGAAUGAGGACAGCUUUUUGUGUCUGUGUGUGAGGGAAAGUGUGUGUGCGUACGUGUAUACGAGAGUAUGAAAUUAUGAUCUGGGAAAGUCUAUUCUGUGGGAAUCCAGGGGUUGUAUGAGUAGCUGCAUGUGUGUUGUGUCUAAAAAGAGUCAGCGUGUGCUCCAAUGCAAAAAAGAGAAAAGGAAAGAAGAAGAAAUUUUAAAAAAAUGACUAACUACUGCUGCAGUUCCUGACGCACAGUGUUUAAUGUUGCUCCCACAUACAUAGACGUGCAAGACUUCAUUUUUCUGUUCGGCAUUCGCUCGUUUUCCUGCUCUCUGUUACACACUAGUGUUUUUCUUCUUAACGUCAGUGCAAACAUAUCGCCGUCACUUUCUGCUGGCUUCAUUUUCAGUCUGACCCGGGCAGAGGGGGCAGGUAAGAUCAUCAUGCUCUGUGUUUCUUCACUCAUUUGUGUGCUCUGAACUGUGAUGGUUGAAGCUGUUUGUAAUUUGAAGCAGCGAUUUCAAGCACGAGUUGCACGGAGCACUGAGAAGGGAUGUUUAUAACUGAGAGCAGCUUCACUUUAAUGAGCUUUCUGCAGAUGAGUGGGGGGUACCUGUCUUUGGAGGGGGGUUGCCAUGUGUUAGUUUUGCGCUCUUUGUGCUCAUAAUGGAAACUGAAAAUAUUUUCGAUCAAGUGUCCUUUGCUUAACACCCUUGCAGAUGGUACAAAGCUGUGUGAUUGGUUUAGCUGUGACUCCCACUAUGCACCCGCUACCCUCAGUGCUGUUAUUCGUGCCAUAAACCUUACAGUGUCCUUUUUAACUAGUUUGUGUUGCCUUCCUCGGAUCUGUACCUCAUCCCCUACUCAAAGCUCAGCACAUACAGUGGCAUACCUGACUGAACAGAAACAACGGGUCACAUGAAGUCUCUAAAUUUUGUAGCAUAUUGGAUUCUGCUCGAGCUUCACGAAGAUGAACGUUUUUCCAAGCUGACGUCACUGCAGCUCUCCUGUUAAAUGUCAGAUCCUGGGAUCUCAAUUAGCCCACUAUGUCCUCAUAAGUCCUCUGCCCACAUCUUUAGUUGCCUUUCUGCAUUGAUUUUGUAAUUGUCUCUUCUUCUUAGUUUUUUUAAAAAAUAUUAUUAUUAUUAUUUUGUUAAAGCAUAAGUAUUGUCAUGUUUGUUUUCAGAGUAAGAGUAAAGAGGUAUGUGAAUCUGGUGAAAAUGGAGGAUGGAAAAAUUAGGGUUAAAAAUGUUUUACAUUUUCUUUUUUUGUUUGUUUUUAAUCAGUGUGAGGGACGCAUGUCCUUGUCUGUGUGUGUGUGUGUGUGUGUGUGUGUGUCUGUCUGUGAAUGUGUGAGGAUGAGAAAAUGUGUUUGCGCACAUGAUGCACGUCUGUGAAGGUGACAGGUUGAUGCUUGUUACACCUCUUGCGUGUAAUUACUAUUGACUAUAUCAUAAACUGUAUGAAUGACCUGUAUAAUACAAAGAUGAGGAUUAUACAAAAUUAAUAGAAAAAUUAAAAAAAUUUGAGUAUAAAAA